GAUGAGGUGUGUGAAAUCUGAAAUCCAAAUCUCUUUUUAUACUCUUUGUAGAAAUUAAAAUCGCUCUCUCGCUGAAAUGGAUUCACGCAAAUCGUUUACUGCUUAAAUAAUUGUCAUGUUACAUUUAUUGUGCAACUUUUUCACGUGAAAUUAUUCAACGAAUGCAAUACAAGAGUGCCUCAAUAAUAAUAUUAUAAAUGUCUACUUUCGCUUCGUGCAGUUGAGUGGCACUCCGAAUCAUACGAAUGGAGUGAUUAUAAUAUAAAGUAACGAUGCAAACCAACCUGAAAACUAAAGAAAUGUUUAUAGUACGAGCCUUGGAAAAGAUUUUAGCGGAUAAAGACAUCAAAAGGUCUUAUCACAAUCAAUUGAAAAAGUCCUGUGAGGUGGCUUUAGAGGAAAUAAAAGCAGAACUCAAGAAUGGCGGUCAACCGGAAUCAUCAGAAAGUCCAACUUCAGGCACUCUGCCGCUACCAAAAAAUGAUUCAUCAAACAUUAUCACAGCUGAAAAGUAUUUCCUGCCAUUUGAGCUGGCGUGCCAGAGUAAGGCGUCGCGUAUUGUCGUCACAGCCCUGGACUGCUUGCAGAAACUCAUCGCUUAUGGACAUUUAACAGGAAACAUUCCAGACUCCACAACACCCCGAAAAUUGUUAAUUGAUCGCAUUGUAGAGACAAUAUGUAGUUGUUUUAACGGACCACAGACAGAUGAAGGUGUUCAACUUCAGAUAAUAAAAGCUCUUUUAACAGUGAUAACAAGCCAACAUGUUGAAGUACAUGAAGGAACAGUGCUUCUUGCUGUUCGAACUUGCUACAAUAUUUACUUAGCAAGUAAAAAUCUAAUUAACCAGACAACAGCUAGGGCUACACUGACCCAAAUGCUCAAUGUUAUAUUUACAAAAAUGGAAAACCAAGCAUUGGAGUCUGACACAAACCCUAACAUUAGUGAAAGUAAUAAAAUUCCUAAUGGUAAUGUUGUGACUGAAGAAUCAAAUUCAAAUAAUGAAAGCGAAGAAAAUAAAGAUAAAAACUCUGUACCUGAGGAGCCUGCAGAUGAAGUACUAGAAGCUAAAAUUAUUGCAAAGCAAAUAGUUGACUCUGUGAUUGAUAAUGCAAUUUCAAUUGCUUCUAAAAAGUCUGAAGAUGAUGUGAGCCAGAAUGUACCAGAUAACAAUGAAAACCCAUCAGACUCUCAAGACAGUGUCAGCGUGUCUCAGGAGAACAGUGAACAAAUACCAAACGAACCUUCAAUAACAAGGAUACCAUCACAAGAGAGUGUAGAUGUUGCUUCAGAAAAUGACAAUUCUGUCACCGCUAAAUUUACACAUGUCCUGCAAAAAGAUGCAUUCCUUGUUUUCAGAGCGCUUUGUAAACUAUCAAUGAAACCCUUACCAGAGGGAACACCUGAUCCUAAAUCUCAUGAGCUCAGGUCUAAAAUUUUGUCUUUGCAUUUACUCCUUUCUAUACUUCAAAAUGCUGGUCCAGUUUUUAGAAACAAUGAAAUGUUUAUAACCGCAAUCAAGCAGUACCUUUGUGUCGCCUUAUCAAAGAAUGGAGUAAGUUCUGUGCCAGAAGUCUUUGAACUAUCACUGGCAAUAUUCUUGGCCCUUCUUCAAAACUUCAAGAUUCAUCUUAAGAAGCAAAUUGAAGUUUUCUUUAAAGAAAUUUUCAUGAAUAUUUUGGAGACCUCCAGUUCCUCAUUUGAACAUAAAUGGAUGGUUAUUCAAGCUCUGACCAGAAUCUGUGGUGAUGCACAAAGCGUUGUAGAUAUUUACGUGAACUACGAUUGCGAUCUUUCAGCAGCAAAUCUAUUCCAGAGAUUAGUCAACGACGUAUCAAAGAUUGCGCAAGGAAGACAAGCUUUAGAAUUGGGAGCUACUCCCAACCAAGAGAAAUCCAUGCGUAUCAGGGGCCUCGAAUGUUUAGUGUCGAUUCUUAAAUGCAUGGUAGAAUGGAGUAAAGAAUUAUACAUUAACCCUAACAUGCAAACAACAUUAGGCGAGAGAACUAUAAAAGAAGACUCUGACCAUCACAGUAUUAAAUCCCACGGCGGAUCUAGCCUAAGUUUGGUUUCCACAGGGUCUAGUAAUAUUGGUAACAGAGAAACUUUAGAUUCACCUGAACAGUUCGAAGUUCUCAAACAGCAGAAGGAAGUUUGGGAAACGGGAAUCGAUCUGUUUAAUAGAAAACCCAAAAAAGGUGUCGCAUUUUUACAAGAGCAAGGAUUAUUGGGUACAUCAACGAAAGAAAUAGCAGAAUGGUUGUUAACUGACGAGAGGAUUGAUAAAAUAUUUAUAGGUGAAUAUUUAGGAGAAAAUGAUGAUCAUUCCAAAGAAGUAAUGUACGCUUACGUUGAUUCCAUGAACUUUUCAAACAUGGAUAUCGUAGCAGCGCUACGCCAUUUCUUAGAAGGCUUUAGAUUACCUGGCGAAGCGCAAAAAAUUGACCGCCUUAUGGAAAAAUUCGCUGCUCGGUAUUGUGAAUGCAAUCCAACUAAUACGCUAUUCAUGAGUGCCGAUACAGUAUACGUAUUAGCAUUUUCCAUAAUAAUGCUAACGACAGAUUUGCAUUCGCCACAAGUAAAGAAUAAAAUGACAAAGGAACAAUACAUCAAAUUGAACAGCGGCAUCAGCGACAACAAUGAUCUGCCUCGUGAAUAUUUGUCGCAGAUAUACGACGAAAUCGCCGGCCAUGAGAUUAAAAUGAAAAACACCUCGAAACCGGGGCAGCAUAGGAUUGCGAAUGAAAAGAAACGGAAACUCAUAUGGAACAUGGAAAUGGAACAAAUAUCAACCGCAGCUAAGAACUUGAUGGAGUCUGUGUCUCAUGUUCAAACUCCGUUUACGACUGCGAAACAUGUCGAGCACGUCCGACCAAUGUUUAAAAUGGCGUGGACCCCGUUUCUCGCCGCUUUCUCCGUGGGACUACAAGAUUGCGAUGAUACUGAGAUAGCUUCCUUAUGUUUGGAUGGAAUAAGAUGCGCAAUUCGCAUCGCUUGUAUUUUCCACAUGUCUUUAGAAAGAGACGCUUACGUCCAAGCUCUAGCAAGAUUUACAUUACUAACGGCUAACUCGCCGAUAACAGAAAUGAAGGCCAAGAAUAUUGACACAAUUAAGACUUUGAUCACUGUCGCCCAUACAGAUGGAAACUAUUUAGGAAGUAGUUGGUUGGACGUAGUUAAAUGUAUUUCCCAACUCGAAUUGGCACAGCUGAUAGGUACAGGAGUCCGUCCUCAAUUUUUAUCAGGUUCCGGCAUCAAACCUCAACCCGAUGCGUUGAAGUUUAGCCUCAUGGCAUUAGAUCCUAGUGUAAAAGAGCACAUCGGUGAAACGAGCUCGCAGAGUGUAGUGGUGGCGGUCGAUAGGAUUUUCACAGGCUCAACGAGGCUCGACGGUGACGCAAUUGUUGAUUUCGUUAAAGCACUUUGUCAAGUAUCCAUAGAUGAGUUGAGUCAUCCUACAAACCCGAGGAUGUUCUCACUGCAAAAAAUUGUCGAGAUAUCAUACUACAACAUGGGCAGAAUUAGGCUUCAGUGGUCUCGCAUUUGGCAAGUUCUCGGUGACCAUUUUAACAAAGUGGGUUGCAGUAGCAACGAAGAUAUCGCCUUUUUUGCCGUAGAUUCCUUACGGCAACUUUCUAUGAAGUUCAUUGAGAAGGGUGAAUUCGCUAAUUUCAAAUUUCAAAAAGACUUUUUACGUCCUUUUGAACAUAUAAUGAAGAAAAACAGUUCUCCGACGAUAAGGGAUAUGGUGGUCAGAUGUAUAGCACAAAUGGUGAACUCGCAAGCUCCAAACAUAAAGUCCGGUUGGAAAAAUAUAUUUUCGGUAUUCCAUUUGGCGGCGAGUGACCAAGACGAGGCGAUCGUUGAUUUAGCAUUCCAAACAACCGGAAAAAUUAUAUCGGAAUUGUACGAGAAACAAUUCCAAGCGAUGAUCGAUUCAUUCCAAGAUGCAGUUAAGUGUCUUUCGGAAUUCGCUUGCAACGCGAAAUUCCCCGAUACGUCCAUGGAAGCAAUAAGACUUGUAAGAUCUUGUGCAACAGCUGUUGGCGCUUCACCGCAAUUAUUCGCCGAGCACGCGGGACUAGAGGGAGAACCUGGUGCUCCAGAAGAAGAUAGGGUUUGGCUAAGAGGAUGGUUCCCUCUCCUGUUCUCUCUGUCAUGUGUCGUAAGCCGUUGCAAAUUAGACGUCCGCACUCGAGGGCUCACAGUCCUCUUCGAAAUCAUUAAAACACAUGGUGAAUCAUUCCGUCCGCAUUGGUGGAGAGAUCUUUUUAAUAUUUUAUUCAGAAUAUUUGACAACAUGAAAUUACCUGAACAUCAGUUAGAGAAGAACGAAUGGAUGACUACAACAUGCAAUCACGCGUUGUAUGCGAUCGUCGAUGUCUUUACCCAAUACUUUGACAUCCUCGGCUCUCUCCUGCUCGAGCAACUGUACGCCCAGUUGCAUUGGUGCGUACAGCAAGACAACGAGCAACUGGCCCGGUCCGGGACUAACUGCUUAGAAAAUCUAGUCAUAUCCAACGGGAUGAAGUUCAGCGAAGACACCUGGAGCAAAACCUGCCAGAUUAUGUUGGAUAUAUUCAACAGUACUUUACCCACCACUCUCCUAACUUGGAAACCGGACGAAAACGACGACGGCGAAACACCUCACGUUCGUCAUGGCAUAUUGAAGAAGCCUCAAGGAGGAGAUGAAUCUAAAUCCUCCAACAGAGUCUUCAACAGCCUUCUCAUCAAGUGCGUGGUGCAACUCGAGUUGAUUCAAACGAUCGAUAACAUAGUCUUCUAUCCGGCGACAUCGAGAAAGGAAGACGCCGAAACAUUGGCUCUAGCGGCCGCCGAACUGACCGGGGGUACCCCGGGCACCGAGCAGGAAUGUCAGCGUGAAGAGCAGGGUAUGUACCGGCUGCUCAGUUCACCGCACUUGCUACGACUCGUCGAGUGUCUGAUGUGCAGUCAUCGGUUCGCGAAGACGUUUAACACCAACAAUGCGCAGCGGAACGUACUCUGGAAGGCGAAUUUCAAGGGAUCUGUGAAACCUAACAUGCUGAAACAAGAGACCCAAUCGUUGGCUUGUGUUAUGCGGAUUCUGUUCAAAAUGUAUAGCGACGAAGCACGAAGGAACCACGGGCCCGCCGUGCAGAGCAGCUUGAUAAAGAUAUGUUGCGAAGCGCUGGAGUACUUCGUCGGAUUGACCAACGAAGCGCACAGAGACGCCUGGACGUCCAUUCUACUGCUGAUUCUCACACGGAUACUCAAGAUGCCCGAUGAAAGAUUUGCGGCGCACGUGUCCAGCUACUACCCGCUGCUGUGUGAGAUCACCUGCUUCGACCUGAAGCCGGAGCUGCGCACAGUGCUGCGCCGCGUCUUCAUACGCAUCGGACCCGUCUUCAACAUCAUUAGCACGCAAUAAGCUUGCAAUAUUUUACACAACAGAAUGGCCUUAUAGUUUCGUAGGUUAAAGUAUGACUUUGUUGUUAAAAAUAUAAAAAGGUGCGUUUAGGGAUUCGUCCCGGACAUCCAGGGACACUUUUAACGCAUACAAAUAAAAAGCAAUUGUUAAUUCCUUAAAUUUUAAUGUAAUAUUUGACAGCAAUCAGUACUUCAGUAGUAUUAAAAUUGAUCUAUUAUAUAUAGUG